AUGCACCCACAGGCACGGGCUGUUGCCUUAGCUAUGGUCAAUGCGUUGGGCAAUCUGGCGCAGAUAUAUGGAUCGUACCUGUUUCCUGAGAAUGAUGGUCCCGAGUACAUUAUGGGAUUUUCGGUUAUUUCUGCCAUGCUGACAGUGGGUGUGAUUGUCUUUUUGUUCUUACAUAUAUGGUUCCGCCGGCGUCUGAGGUCGGGACUCAUUUAA